AUGAGGUCUCCACGGCUCUGGGCAGCUCUGUGCCUCCUCCUCACAGCCUCCUGCCGGCUCUGCACAGCCGCCCGACACGGGUGUUUGUUUGAAAAGAAGCUCUGUCCCAGAGAUCAGCUGUGCAACGAUGACGGUUUGUUCGGACAGUGCCAGAGUCCUCACCAGGAGCCGGUCCAGUACCUGGUGUCUGUCUCCGUCCUGCACCGGCUGCAGGAAGUCCUCAAAGACCUGAUGGUGCAAGGUCUGACCUGGAAGGACGGCGCCACGCAGGCGAUCAUCAGCCGAGAGUUGAGUCGGGUUCCGACAGUCGGCUCCAAACCCAAACAGAUGUCCAGUCUGUCGGGCCCCAGUCAGCGGAGGGUUCAGGGCCCCGAGCGUCCGGCUGACCCCGGGAUGAGACAGCAGUACGUGGACUACAUGAUCCUCGACCCCUCCAGGUCCUCUGUUCACAUGCAGACGCCCCUGCUGGACCCUUACACCUACCACCAGCAGCAGUACGGAUACCAGGAGGAAGAGGAGCGCUCCCUCAACUCUCUGGAUGAGAAUCCAGCCUUCCUCGCCUCCCCGUCUCGCUCCAGAUCCCAGGGAAUCCCUCUGGACAGAGACCGGCAGCUUCUCCAGGACCUGGUGUCUUUUUACCUCACCUCCCCUUCCUCCUCCUCCUCCUCCUCCUCCUCCUCCUCUUCCUCUCCUGUGCAGUCCCUCUCCCGCCACAGAGGGGCGGUAGCAGCAGCUGCAGGAUUCCCCUCUUCGCUGUCCUCAUCAUCAUCAUCCUCCUCCUCCUCCUCCUCCUCCUCCUCCUCCUCCUCCUUCCCAGAGCUGGACUUCCCACUGGACUACAACGAGGACUACAUUUCCCAGGUGGCUCAGCUCAGCAAGCAGCAGCAGCAGCAGGAGCAGGAAGAGAGGAAGGAGCAGGAAGAAUACGAUGCUCUGUCCGGACUGGAUGAGCGCUCUCUGCAGAGACUGGAUCUGCUGCUCGACCACUACGGCCUGAGCGUGAAGGAUCUUUCCCCCGAGCAGAAAGACGACCUGCCGGCCGCUCUGAAGCAGCUGCAGCUGGAGAACUCCUACGCCCACAAACAGAGCAAAGAUACAUACGGAAACAAUGCUGCCACAAGAAAGAAGGUCACAGAGGGUUCGAUGGCGUUUAAGAAUACCGCCACCGAGGCUCCGCCCUCCACCAUCAAGACCCCCAAACCAGAAGCAGCCCAGAAAGAUUGGCCUCCCGCUGCAGCAGAGGACCAGGACAAACCGAAGACGGCCGAGGAAGAGGAGUACGGCUUCAUCGUCACCAAUCAGAGCCCCCUCAGUCUGAACCACGGGGUGAGGCUGUUGAAGCUGCUGUCAGAGAGGAUCGGCCUCUCCAGCGACUCCUUCAUCAACAUCAGCGUUGUCGGACCUGCCAUCACCUUCAGGAUCAGACCGAACUCCAAGAACCUGACGGCUGGAGAUGUGGCACAGAAAGCCAUUGCAGAGAAGAACUUCCCGGAGUCUGAGACGGGCCUGAAGGUGCUGCAGAGCGGCGUUGGAGAGAGGAAUGAUGGGAAGGCGUUGCCCCUGGCGACACGGGUGCAGCCCCGAGGCUCCCGCUGGGUGUUCGCCACACUGGUGGCCAUGGCCUGCAUGGGCAGCGUCCUGGUGGCGGCCAUGACCAUCGCCUGCCUGCGCCACCACGCCCACCGGCUGGCUGCAAAGACGCUGGGCCUGGGACCGGAGGGGGGCACGUUCACCCACCAGGAGUACCAGGACCUGUGUCGCCAGCACAUGGCCUCCAAAGGCGCCUUCGGACGGCUGGAAGCUGCUGCCCUCGGCGCCGUGGGAGGCGGAGGAGGAGGAGGUGGAGGUGCUGGAGGAGGAGGAGGAGGAGGUGCUGCUGGAGGAGGAGGUGGAGGAGCAGCGGGAGGGGGAGGAGCCGACUCCAGGGUGAGCAGCGUGUCGUCCCAGUUCAGCGAUGGAGCCCAGCCCAGUCCGAGCUCCCACAGCAGCACGCCGUCGUGGUGCGAGGAGCCGGCCCAGGCCAACAUGGACAUCUCCACGGGUCACAUGAUACUGGCCUACAUGGAGGACCACCUGAGGAACAAGGACCGCCUGAUGAAGGAGUGGGAGGCUCUGUGCUCCUACCAGGCCGAGCCCAGCGCCGUCUCCGUGGCUCAGAGCGACGCCAACACCAAGAAGAACCGCUGCCCCGACUCUGUUCCCUAUGACCACUCGAGGGUGAAGCUGAAAGCGGAGGUCAACCCUUCACGCUCCGACUACAUCAACGCCAGCACCAUAAUUGAACACGACCCCCGGAUGCCGGCCUACAUCGCCACCCAGGGCCCCCUGUCUCACACCAUCUCUGACUUCUGGCAGAUGGUGUGGGAGAACGGCUGCACUGUGAUCGUGAUGAUGACCGCUCUGGUGGAGGACGGAGAGAAACAGUGUGACCGCUACUGGCCUGACGAGGGCUCGUCCCUCUACCACAUCUAUGAGGUGAACCUGGUGUCAGAGCACAUCUGGUGUAACGACUUCCUGGUGCGAAGCUUCUACCUGAAGAACGUGCAGACGCAGGAGACCAGGACGCUCACUCAGUUCCACUUCCUCAGCUGGCCGGCUCAGGGCAUCCCCAACGCCACCCGCCCGCUGCUGGACUUCCGCAGGAAGGUGAAUAAGUGCUACAGAGGACGGUCCUGCCCCAUCAUCGUGCACUGCAGCAACGGUACAGGCCGGACUGGGACGUACAUCCUGAUUGACAUGGUCCUCAAUCGAAUGGCUAAAGGUGUGAAAGAGAUCGACAUCGCUGCGACCCUGGAGCACGUCAGAGACCAGAGGCCUGGGAUGGUCCGCACCAAGGACCAGUUUGAGUUCGCCCUGACAGCCGUCGCCGAGGAGGUCAACGCCAUCCUCAAAGCUCUGCCCCAGUGAAACCAGUACAACCCGG